AUGGCUCUCCCCGCCUCUGAGCCUCCCUCUUCGGCCUGCGCUGACCCUGCGACGCCCUCCACCUCCUCCAGGUCCAGGAGGUGGCUCACGCUGAAGUUCUUCUUGUUCUGGAGGUCCACGCCGCGGUUCUGGAGGUCCACACCACGGUCCAACACGAAACUCAUGACCGCGAAGAGGAGUGCGCAGUCAGAGAGAGACGCGCUGCGGCAUGGAGCGGAACACCGCGGGCAGGAGCGGAGCAGCUGCGGACCAGGAGCGAAUCAGGAGCGAACCAGGAGCGAACCAGAAGCGAACCAGGAGCGAACCAGAAGCGAACCAGAAGCGAACCAGGAGCGAACCAGAAGCGAAUCAGAAGCGAAUCAGAAGCGAAUCAGAAGCGAAUCAGAAGCGAACCAACACCCUGUAGCCUCCAGCAGUGACCCGCGGGUCCCGUGCGCUUAG